AUGGAUUUUAAUGAAUGUUUCAUUCAUCCAAAAUCAUUCUCUUUAGACCCUAACAUUUAUACAGAACUUGUAGAACAUUAUACAAACGAGGCUUUAUGUUUUCCUGUUAAAGUUAUGGAUUGGAUUCCUAUGGACGGUUCAUUCUCAAAGAAUACAGAUAGUUCAAGUGCAACAUUUACAGCAGCUUAUACGCCUAUUAAUGUUAAAAGUAUUUGGGCACUAUUUAGAAAGAAAGACAACUAUUAUGUUAAUUUUGAGAACCCUAGGUUUAAAUAUCUUCAGCUUUCCAUGGGAGCUUAUGGAAAUAUGCCUGCAGAACCUGAAAAAUCAUAUGGACCUGUAUUUUAUGAAAUGGUUGCGAACGCUUGCAAUACAAACAAUGAUAUGAUUGGAUUUAAUGAAGAUGUUAUGAGGUCAUUGGUGGAUGAUGGUAGUGUGGAACAUAAAUGGGAUAGCUAUGACAACACACAUUUCUUAUGUGGUUUUCCAACAGAAGUGGACUUUUGCUUCCAGCAAGGUCAAACAUCUACUGCUCCAAUAACAUACAAAUUGUCUGUUAAAGGACCUAUUGAACUAGCAACUGAAAAUGUACCAAAGCCACUUAUUGGAUUUAUGAGGGAUUGUUGCUUUGUCAUUCAGGUGCGUGCUAAUGGAAUCCCAAUAAUAAGAUUAGAUGACUAUAACUUAGCUGCGGACGACAGUGAGGAAUAA